AUGGCCAGUCAGCGCGAUCUCAGCGCUCUGCAGAAGCAAAUAUGGAGCGGCUCAAUCCCGCUGGAAAUACGGCUUGCGAGCACCGAAUGCCGCACCUACGACGACUCAGACCCGUACCUAAUCCAAGUUCCGCGACUCUCUUAUAUUCCCUUCCUCCUCCCCCGCCUCCACGCCUUCUUCGCGCCCUCCCUCAUCGACCCAGACGUGCAUCCCAGCAAAGGCUGGCUUUCCUACUCGGACGUGCCGCUGAAAUGGCACCACCCACUCGGCCUGCUCUACGACCUCUACUCCGGCUUCGAGCCGUACACGCCGGACAGCCUACACCAGCCCGCUAAUCCCGAACCGCCAUCACCACCACCGCCGCCGUCCUCUUCUUCCUCUCCCACAACACCAACAACGUCCGGCGGGGAGCCCGGCCUCCUCCCGUGGCGGCUGACGGCGCACUUCACGACGCCCGCGCCGGCCAGCCUGGUGCCGCUGGACGCGGCGUACAAGGCGCACCACGACGCCUUCGUCAACGCCGUCAAGGAGGCCGACUUCCUGCGCAACGGCUCCGCCAAGGCGGCCAUGUCGCUGUCCAAGGACGCCUCGGACCGCCUGUGGGAUGCCGUCGGCCGCAACGACCUGGCUGCCUGGAACGCCGUGCACGGCCGCCUGCUGGUCAGCCCGCCCGGCGCGGGCCCGCUGCGGCAUGUGCCGAUGAAGCUGUACCUGCCCGGCGCGCCGACUCCUGCUAGUGGCAGCGGUGGCGGCAAUAACGGAGGAGCAGGAACGGCAGUGCGAGGGGCCGAAGACGCUGCUGGGGCGGCGGCAACGGCGGGCGCCGAGGGAGGCGAUGCGGCGGCAGCAGCGAUGACAACAGCAACGGAAUCGCCCGCACCCGCGGGCUCAGCUUCCUCCAUCGCCUCCCUCCGCGUCGUGCAAGCGCUCGUCCCGCCUACCCUGACUAGCAGCAGCAGCGGCGGCAGCGGCGGUGCCUCGUCGCGCGGGGGAUCAGCAGGACAGCCGCAGACGAUGGGCACGGCGCUGAACACCAUCAUUCCCACGCUUUUUCCGAGUCGGAGGAGUCCAUUGCUCGCGCAGCCGGUGCUGCACGGGGCGGUGGUGCCGCUGAGCGCGCCGGUAGAGGACCUGCUGAAGGCUGCAGCAUAUCCAGAUGGAUUCCUACACGUCGCAAUCGUCAUGAUGAGUUAA